ACAAGGCUGGCUAGGAGUUUGCACAUGACAAGCGAAGUCAGGCUGAGCCCCUGCCUUCGUGUGACACUCCCUUUCCCACCCAGUGCUACUUCUCCAGUCCUCCCUGAGGGCACCGCUUCACUCUCCACUCUCCGGUCCCCAGCAGUCCUAGGCAGCCGGCCUCCCUCCCUAGAAGCCAUGGCAGAGCUGAGGGAGCCAGAGAAGAAAGAGGAGGAACUGCUCGAUUACUUUGCUGCCCUUGGCACCGGCAGUCCUAAGCCCCGGCAGAAAUACGGAGGCAUGUUCUGCAACGUGGAGGGAGCCUUUGAAAACAAAACGCUGGACUUCGAGUCUCUCAGCGGAGGGAAGAGAGGGAGCCAGAAGCUGAGCCGAGGAGACCUCAGCCAGCUCUCCAGCGGAUCUGAAGGGCAGAGCGAAGCCAGCAGCGGGAGCCGAAGUACUCCUGUCCUGACCCCCGCGGGGCCCCGGCCUUGCCCACCUUCAGCUGGAGGAGCGGAGGAAUUACUCAAUGGCUGCUAUCAGAGUGACCGUCUUCUCAUCAAAGGAGGAAAGAUUGUCAAUGAUGAUCAGUCCUUUUAUGCAGACAUCUAUGUGGAAGAUGGUUUGAUUAAACAAAUUGGGGAAAAUCUCAUUGUUCCUGGAGGAGUGAAAAUGGUUGAUGCCUAUGGCCAGCUAGUUAUGCCAGGUGGAAUCGAUGUCCACACUAGGUUACAGAUGCCUCUGAUGGGAAUGACCUCUGCUGAUGACUUCUAUCAAGGCACAAAAGCAGCCCUGGCAGGGGGAACUACCAUGAUACUUGACCAUGUCUUCCCUGAAUCUGGAGCAAACCUGUUGACUGCCUACGACCAGUGGCGAGAGUAUGCUGACAGCAAAGCUUGCUGUGAUUAUUCUCUGCACAUUGACAUCACACGUUGGCAUGAAAGCAUCAAAGAAGAGUUGGAGGCUCUUGUCAAAGAUAAAGGUGUGAACUCUUUUCUUGUUUUCAUGGCUUAUAAAGACAAACUCCAGUGCACUGAUGCUCAGAUGUACGAGAUAUUCAGCAUUAUUCGAGAUCUGGGUGCCAUUGCCCAAGUACAUGCUGAAAAUGGAGACAUCAUUGAUGAGGAGCAAAAAAGACUAUUGGAUCUUGGGAUUAUUGGUCCAGAGGGACAUGUUCUCAGUCAUCCAGAAGAGGUUGAAAUGGAGGCAGUGUAUCGUGCUAUUACAAUAGCCAAACAAGCCAAUUGCCCUUUAUAUGUCACAAAAGUCAUGAGCAAAGGGGCUGCAGAUGUCAUAGCUCAAGCCAAGCGAAAAGGCACAGUUGUGUAUGGGGAGCCAAUCACAGCCAGUCUUGGUACUGAUGGCUCGCAUUACUGGAGUAAGAACUGGGCGAAAGCGGCAGCCUUUGUAACAUCUCCACCCAUUAGCCCAGACCCUACAACACCUGACUAUCUCACUUCACUUUUAUCAUGCGGGGAUCUCCAGGUGGUAGGCAGUGCCCACUGCACCUUCACCACAGCACAGAAAGCAGUCGGAAAGGAUAACUUCACCCUUAUUCCUGAAGGGACAAACGGCAUUGAAGAAAGAAUGUCCAUCAUUUGGGAGAAAUGUGUGGCAACGGGGAAGAUGGAUGAAAAUGAAUUUGUAGCAGUGACUAGUACAAAUUCUGCAAAGAUUUUCAAUUUUUAUCCCAGGAAGGGACGGAUUGCUGUAGGCUCAGAUGCUGAUUUGGUUGUUUGGAAUCCUAAAGCCACAAAGAUUAUCUCUGCGAAGACUCACAACUUGAAUGUGGAGUACAAUAUAUUCGAAGGAACGGAAUGCCAUGGUGUCCCUACUGUGGUUAUAAGCCAAGGGAAGGUUGUGCUGGAAGAUGGAAACCUCUUUGUUACCCAGGGCGCUGGCCGUUUUGUUCCUCGAAAGACAUUUCCUGAUUUUGUUUACAAAAGAAUAAAAGCAAGAAACAGGCUUGCAGAGAUCCAUGGCGUUCCUCGGGGGCUUUAUGAUGGACCAGUUCAUGAUGUCAUAGUAACUGCUAAAGCUGUGGCCCCAACUCCUACCUCAAGAAUAGCUCCCUGUUCUGGCAAAAUACCCGUGCCUCCAGUCCGUAACUUACAUCAGUCAGGCUUCAGCCUGUCAGGCUCUCAAGCAGAUGACCAUGUUGCAAGACGCACUGCUCAGAAAAUUAUUGCACCCCCAGGUGGACGCUCCAACAUCACAUCUCUGUCAUAAUCAUUCCAAACUGUUUGAGGUUCACACAUUAUCUUGAUGGAUAACAUUGGGCAUGAUCCAGCAAUGUGGAGUCUUAAUGUUUUCAAAGGGAGAACUAAGCACAUGCUCAUAUUCUUCUCCCAUUGAAGUCCAUGGGACUUACACAUGCUUAAGUUUGGCAAGUUUGUGCCCUUGGUUUCCAUUGGGGCAGAUGACUUGUGGAGCUGCAUAUAAAUCUACUUUGAAAUUACAGAACAUUUUAAAAAAACAAAAAAACCUUUGCCUUGACCACAUUCCCUGGAACCUCUUGCUUAAAUUACCAAGUGCGCAGUUCUAAAGAAGAACCUUUAAAAUAUAUAUUAUGGAUAUCUUACACUGCCAAAUUAAAGGGCUUGAAUGGGAGCAUACACCAUGGGAAUAUGAAAAUGAUUUGCUUUCUUACUCAGGAUAAAAUUUCCCACCCAUUCAUCCCUAAAUGGAAGAGCAUCCCACUCAUAAUGUAUAAAUCUCAUCCAGUACUAUAAAUAUGUCCUCCAGUUUUCAGCAAAUCUUCUAAGACAUGCAUGCCAAUGUGUGAACUUCUGGUGAACUAUUCUUAUAUUGUGUUCAGCUGAACUUCAAGCAGUGUCUUACAACCAAGACAUACUUGAAUGCAUAAUUUGGUUUUUGAGUCUUUCUAUCAAGCCCUGCUCUUUCUAUAAUGAUGAUGAUUUUUACUGGAAAAUGAACCCUUGUCCUAUUUUAACACAAAUUACUUAUUUCAAGCUUUUUUAAAACUGAGAGCCCACCCAGUGAACACUGAAUACCCCCUUACCCUGCCCUUAUGCAGACAUAAUGCUUAACCUUGAUUUGUUGUCCUUAACCAUGCUUUAAGUGUUCCAUCUUAAAUAACUAGACAGUUAUUCAGAAUUGUUCACACAGAUGUGAAAACAUCAUUCAAAGUAGGGUUGCAAACCAUGGGUUGAGUUAACCAUGGUUAACCAUGAUUAUCCACACAAAGAAAUCCAGUUUCCCCAUCUCUCCAGCCCCGCUGGUUGCAAAAUGAAAAGCAGGUCUCACUGGUAUCUCCUCACACAAGGCCUUUUGGGAAAGGCUUUGUUCAGCAAGCGAAAACAUGGUACAGUUGUGCAUAUUUAUCCAGGCUCAAGCAAACUGUUUCAUGCUUGUCACAGUCUAAACAGUAGGGAUGUGCACGAACCUCUUUGGCAUUCUAUUCUUAGAACACCAAACAGGUUUGGAAACCCCAAACCAGUUCUAACGUGGGGGUGGGGAUGGCUUUAAGUAUAGGGGCAGGUGCAUUCCCCCCCCCCCGCCCACUGCCAUACUUCCACCUCCAGCACUGUGCAGCAAUAGUUCGGCAGGGCAGCAGCCUACCUCCUUGCCACCCUGUUGUUUUCGUGACCAGAAGUGCUGUGCACACAUGCGCGUGUUGUGGGCAUGUGCAUGUUGCACAUGCACACAAUGUGUUCAUGCACCCACGAUGCACGCAUGCGCGCACAGCACUCCCAGUCAUGACUACAACGGGCCAGCAAGGAGGUAUGCUGCUGCCCCGCUGAACUAUUUCAACACAGAGCGCAGAAGGAGGAAGCGCAGCAGGGGUAGUGGUAAGUGCACCCUCCCCCAUCCUUAAAGCCACCCACACCCCACCAUCGGCUCGAAGGGAGCCGGUUCCAUGCACAUCUCUACUAAACAGAAGCUUCCAUUGUGAUUUCCUUGACCCCCCUUUUGUUCCACCCUUCUUAUGGCCUCUACUGCCAUCACCAAGUGGAAGUAUUUUCUCCCCCAGCCCAUGCUGCCCCCUUGCUUCCUCUGUCACGCAGCCCUCUGUCACUUCAAACUUUGAGCAUUCUUGUAUAACUUGGCUGAUUAAUGGCACUUGUACUUGGACCCUCAGGGACAUAUGUGGGGGGCAUACAGGAGGAGGCAGAGGGAAAGGGGGAUAGGCAAAAAUAGCCUCUCCCCUCUGCAUGAGCAGAACACUUUCCAUUCAUGGAGGUCUUAGUUUGGAUUCUACCUUAUGAACUGCCCUCUAGUGACAAAAAUCAAUAAACAGAUUUUGUGGAAAAAUUUUUUUGCUAAAACUUCUUUUGCAUUAAACCAUAAGAACAAAAGGAAUAUUAAAAUAACACCAGAGGAAUACAUAUCCUAAACCUAUACCUACAGAUAUCAUACCUCAGCUAGGGUUAAAACCAAGCAGUUCUUUCCUGCUCAUCUGUGUUGCUUCUUUCUCUCCUGGCCCCUUGCUUUCCCCCCCAGCUGCCUCUUAUUUAGCAUUCUCUAUCUUGACUCUUCCUCUUCUUGCUUCCUCUGCCUCAUUCUGGCUUAAAUCACUCCUCCGUCCAUGAUUUUGACCAAUCAAAAGUGGAGUAGCUUAAGUUUCUGCUUGCCCAGUAUCUUAAGUGUUGUCUUCCAGGUUGGCCCUUUAAAUCUCUUGGAGGAUAAGAACUUCUGAAGUUCCUACAAAAAGUGUCUGUUUUCUCACUUCCUGGUGCCGAACCCAAAUUACUCUCUGGGUGCUCAGUAGCUAGGCAAAAUAACAAUUUCUUCUUCUUCUAAAGGCAACCAUUUCACAACAAUUUAUCAUAAUCAAUAUAACAAAAUCAAUUACAAAAUUGUUGAAAUGGUUCCAUUCUUUCACAGUGCAAAACAAGGGUAAUGGUUAUGUCUACACUGGGACCCUGCUGGCCUCAAAGUAGGGGUGUGCUCGGAAUGCAAUUUGGCGUCUGAAUUGCCGCACAGUCCCUGUACAACAGAGGGCUUACACAGCCCCUUUAACACGGAGGAGAGCAGGUCCAUACCUGCUCCUCCUCUGCUUGCCGCCACUUCUGUAAUUCAUAGCUCCCCCAGCUAUGAUUGCAUGCCGGCAGGGUAUCUCCAGGCUGCCCCUGUGUGAUGCCAGCAUCCACAGGGCCUCUGUGCAUGCGUAGCGGCCAUUUGCAUUAUCAGCAGGGUUGAACACAUGCCAACUGCCAACAUCUUCCUAAUCCAUAGGGUGCAUGUCUCCAAUAGAUCCCCAUUUUGGAAGUCACUGAUCUGAAUUUUAUGGUUGCAGUUUACCAGUAACCCAUGUAUGAAGCCACAAACGGCUCAGGACAGACGUUGAUAAUAAGAUCUCAUUGUGAGAUCCUUGAACAUAUUUUAGGAACCAUUGUCACUCAGUAUUGUUGUGGCAGCAUGGAUAUAAGACAUACAAGUGUGGUCUGAAUGUUCAUGGAAUUAGGUGUCAUAGUGUCACUUUAGAACUGGUAUAAAAAUUCAUCUAGGCUUUUUUUUUUUUUUUUUUAAGGUAGCUGAAUUUCUGGAACCUGGACACAAUUGUGGAAGUGCCAGUCUGUUUUUAGUAUUUUUGUUAGUCUUGGGUUUUUUUUAAAAAAAACACAACAGAUUAUUUAUACAGCUUUUUUAAAAUAUGGUUUACUUAUAAUAUAGGUCUACUUAUAAAUCAGAAAUCAGAAAUGUUUGGAGGUCAGUUGCAUACAGUAAACUUUUUAUAAAGCUUAUAACAGGUUUAUUAUAUUUAAAGCUAUGUACAGCAAAAGUGAUCUUAUAUAUUCCAUAUCAUUCCAUAAAACGAUGCAUGUGACUCUCUACACAGAAUGACUCACUUUUUUGUUUUGUUAUUUACAUUCAAUAAAGUUUGUUGGAAAUCAGCUAAA